AUACAAUUACGCAAUAUAUUAACACGUACGUUUUACACUAACUUGCGGAGGCGGUUUGUUUGUAAACAAUGAAUAAUUUGGAUGGUAUUUUUUAAUUCAUUCUGAGGCCUUUGUUUUGCAAAUGCUAUUGCUAUAAGUCGUGCCGAUGGACGGUUGCGAUGAUAAGCAAAAACUUGCCGUAUUCUAAUAUCUAAGUCAAUUAUUUUCUAGAAAAUUAGCAUUAGUCCCACAAAAAGUGGUCUUUUCGUGAGAAUUUAACAACUGCUUUUGAAGUUCUCUUUUAUUUGUAAGCGAAAAGAGAACUUCAAUUUCCUUUUUUAUGUGGCUUGCCGAAAUGUCAAUCUUUUGACAGCUGCCGGUAUCGAAUUUUGUUUACAAACAACUUUUGUGAGGGUACAAGCUCGCCCUUUCGCUUACAAUUUGUGUAAAAAUCGCAAUUUGCUUUGGUUUUCUCGAGUUUAAGCUAACGCCCUCAACAUGAACAUGCUAACGCACUUCGGUCCCGACUCGGGGGGCCGGGUUAAGGGGCUGACGAUAGUGAAACCGGUGGUGUACGGCAAUGUGGCCCGUUCGUUUGGCAAGAAGCGGGAAGAGGACGGGCACACGCACCAGUGGACGGUGUACGUGAAGCCGUACCACAACGAGGACAUGCAGUCGUACGUGAAGAAGAUACACUUCAAGCUGCACGAAAGCUACGCCAACCCGAACCGCAUCAUCACGAAGCCCCCGUACGAGGUGACGGAGACGGGCUGGGGCGAGUUCGAGAUUGUGAUCAAAAUCCACUUCCACGAUCCGACCGAGCGGCCCGUCACGAUGUACCACAUCCUGAAGCUGUUCCAGUCGCCCGUCCUGGACGGGGAGGUUUCGACGCAGAUCGAGGGCAAGAAGGGUCUGGUUUCGGAGCAGUACGAAGAGCUGGUGUUUCAGGAACCGACCCAGCUGAUGCAGCAGCAGCUGACGAAUGUGAAACCGGUCACUACCGGCAGCUGGAAGCAUGAUACGGAUUUUGAGGAAAAGCAGCGGCAAGCGUUGGAAAACAUAAUCGACACGAAGGCGAAAGUAAUAUCGGAAAUUGCACUACUGAAGGAGAAGCUGAAGCUGGCGCGGGAAACGAUUGCCAAGUUUAAGACGGAAAUGUCCAAGGUUCAGGGACAGCAAGCGGCAGCCUGAGCAAUCUCGAGAUUUUAGUAGCGUAAGUUUUUUUUUCACAGUAUCAGUCAUUUUAAGAGUACACUAACAAUUAAGGGAUUAUUUUCGAUUGUAUAAUAAACGACAACAUGAAGAAGAAAUGGUGAAAAAUAUCAAAGACAAACGAACAUAAA